AUGACAGAAUUAAAAAUCUAUUGUCUAGAAGACCAGGCAGAAAGUAAUAUCAUAACCACUUUGGGGGAAGGUGAAUAUACCAUUGGCAGAGGUGAUAUACUGAAAUGUAAUGAUAAGAGGGUAUCCAGAAAUCAUGCUGAAAUAAUUGUCAAUAAAACGGAAGUGAUACUCAAAUCCACACAUAUAAACCCCUCUUUUUAUAAGGCAGCAAAUGGGAAAAGCAUCCAGCUAUUGAAAAAGGAUGAUAGUGUCCCACUUAAUGAUGGAGAUCAGUUUGCUUUACUGGCAGACAAGUUUUGGUUCAAAGUUAAAAGGGGACUUGUUGACAGCAGUUCUACAUAUUCAUUAACUUCAAAUCAAUCAUUAAAAAGAAGUGUCAAUGCUGAGAAGAAAGAUGAAUCUUGUAAACGUUUUAAAAACACUUCAUAUGAUGAAUCCACUAUUAAAACUUCUAAAAUUGAAGGUCUUGACUCUUUUUUAAACACUAUUGUGCCUGGAAAUGUAAAUGGAACUGAAAUUGAUACAGAUUCUCUAUUGAACAAAUUAGCUAACAUUACCAAAGAAGAUUAUGGUCAUAUUAAUGUAAGUAAGGAUAUUGACUCCAGUGAUAUCAAUGAAAGCAUUGAUUUGGCAGUUUCAGUCUCAGAAAACAGUAUGAUUCCAAAAAAAAAUGUAUCUGCAGAGGAUGAGUUCAUUUUGUCUAUCAAUAAUUUGCAUAAGUCAACUGAGAAUGAUACAAUUAAUGAAGAUAAUUUACCUAGCAAACAAGAUCCAAGUGUGAGUUCACCCACAUCAUAUACUGAACAAAAUAAACCUAGUGAUGAAACAACUCUAAAGAAUUCCAAAGAGGAAAUUGUAGUCAAUGUCAGAAAUGAUAUUUCUGAUGAUUCAGAUGGAAGUAUGGAUUUAGCAGCCCCAACUGAACCAGAAAAAGCCUUUUGGGGAGCUGCUAAGCCUGGUGUCAGAUCAUCCAAAGAAGAAGAAGCUGUAGGAUCUGAAGAUGAUGAAAUUUCUACCACUAUGAACAUUCCAUCUAGUAGCAAUGUUGCAUCUAGUAGCAAUGAUGCAAAGCCUAAAGCAAGAAGAGAUAGGUGUUGGUAUGCAGAGACCUGUUAUAGAAAAAAUCCAAGUCACAGAGCUGAGUAUAGCCAUCCUGAUGAUGAUGACUUUGAUAGUGAUCCCACUGAUGAUAGACCACAAUGCCAGUAUGGUUCAGCAUGUUACAGAAAAAAUGCAGAUCAUAGAAAAGAAUACAAACACUCUCGUCAACCAGUAGCAAAACAACAAACAAAAAAAAUUAAAAAUGGCAAUCAGUCAGAUGAGGAUGGUGUAAGCAGUGAUAGUGAACCAGAUAGUACAAAUGAUAAUGAGAAGCCUAAAAAACGAAAGGCGGCAAAAAAGGUCAAGAAAUACCAAGAAACCCCUGAGGAUGAUUAUGAUAUGGAGGAUCCUUUUAUAAAUGAUGGGAGCAGUGAUGAUUUCCAACCAUCAAAUGAUGGAUCUGAUGAUGACACUGAUUGGGAGGAUUCUCAGAAAGUUGUUGAGGAAAGUGAAGAAACAAGAAGACUGUUAAAAGAAGCAAAGAAGUUCACAAAAGUAAAAAAGAACUAA